AUGAAGGCUGUGAGACAAACCCUUCAGAAGCAGACGAGAACCAGGGCACAGCCAGGCCAGAAUCAGGCCACAGUCAGAGCAAGGCCACAGCCAGAACCGGGCCAGAGCAAGACCACAGCCAGAACCGGGCCAGAGCAAGGCCACAGCCAGAACCUGGUCACAGCCAGGCCGGAACCAGGUCAGAGCCAGAUCCAGGCCAGAGCAAGGCCACAGCCAGAACCAGGCCAGAACCAGGCCAGAACCAGGCCAGGAGCAAGGCCAGAGCCAGAUCCAGGCCAGAGCCAGAUCCAGGCAAGAACCAGGCCAGAGCAAGGCCAGUGCCAGAUCCAUGCCAGAGCCAGAUCCAGGCCAGAGCAAGGCCACAGCCAGAACCAGUCCAGAACCAGGCCAGAACCAGGCCAGGAGCAAGAGUGGCUGGGCGUGUGUGGGGACUAUUAG